GGGCAAUAUUUCAACAUGGCGCACUCGUUCAAUACGUCUGACGUUUUUCUCGUUUCCGUCCAACUGUCUUUUUCGGCUUAAACUCGGUCGCUUAACAAGGGCAAAAUGUCUCUCGUAAUUCCAGACAAGUUCCAGCACAUUCUUCGUAUUAUGAAUACGAACAUAGAUGGCAAACGUAAAGUUGGUAUUGCCAUGACUGCCAUCAAAGGUGUGGGUCGCCGUUACUCCAACAUUGUGUUGAAGAAGGCCGAUGUUGAUCUAACCAAACGCGCUGGUGAAUGCACUGAAGAGGAGGUUGACAAGAUUGUCACCAUCAUCUCAAACCCCCUACAAUACAAAGUACCAAACUGGUUCCUCAACAGACAAAAGGACAUCAUUGAUGGUAAAUACACCCAAUUGACUUCGUCGAAUUUGGAUUCAAAAUUGCGUGAAGAUUUGGAACGUUUGAAGAAGAUUCGUUCCCACCGUGGUCUGCGUCACUACUGGGGUCUCCGUGUGCGUGGUCAGCACACUAAGACCACCGGUCGUCGUGGUCGCACUGUCGGUGUGUCGAAGAAGAAGUAAACUUUCUUCUUUCGUUUAUUUUACUUUUAUUUCCAUCUUGUGCAUUGUUAUUCAAUAUUGAAUAUAAAUGUGCUACUAAGUGAAACUGAAAAUCAUUUUUUAAUAUGUGCAUUCAGAUUUUAGAAAACUAUUAUUAAAAGUGAAUAAUUUAACAAA